GUAUCAGCUAAGGAGAGCAACACGCCCAUUGCAUACAUAUUUGUAGCUGUUGAAGAUGCGACUGGCCUACUUCCUGAUACUCUGCCUGUGCUUGGACUGCAGCCGCUGCCAGCUGCUGGUCGAUCUAGUUCGUGACUUUGAGACGUCGCUUCUGAACACACGCAUACCGGACACCACGGCCUUUUUGCCGGAAUAUGAUUUCAUCAUAGUAGGCGCGGGCUCGGCGGGGUGUGUGCUGGCCAAUCGGCUGAGCGAGAUUAGCACGGCGCGUGUGCUGCUGCUGGAGGCAGGUGAUCAGGAGACCUUCAUCAGCGAUGUGCCUUUGACGGCAGCACUUACCCAAACAACGCGCUACAACUGGGGCUACAAGGCAGAGGCCACGCCCAACGCCUGCCAGGGUUUGCGAAACGGCGUAUGCAAUUGGCCCAAGGGCCGCGGCAUCGGCGGCACCAGCCUGAUCAACUUUAUGCUAUAUACGCGCGGUCAUCGACGGGACUACGAUGGCUGGGCUGCUGCAAACAACACGGGCUGGUCGUAUGAGGAGGUGCUGCCGUAUUUCAAGAAAUCCGAACGCAUUGGCAUACCCGAUCUGUACAAGUCGCCGUAUCAUGGACGCAACGGGCCGCUGGAUGUGCAGUACACAGACUACAAGUCGCGGCAGCUGAAGGCGUUUCUCAAAUCGGGCCGCGAAUUGGGCUACGAUAUAACCGAUACCAAUGGCGAGCAGCUGCUAGGCUUUUCCCGAGCUCAGGCCACCAUACGGCACGGCCGACGCUGCAGCACCAGCAAGGCCUUCAUACAGCCCGUUCUGCAGCGCCGCAAUCUGCACAUUUCCAUGAAGAGCUGGGUCACCAAGCUGCUUAUUGAUCCCAGCACAAAGAUGGCUGUGGGCGUGGAGUUUACCAAGCAACGUCAGCGGUAUGUGGUGCGCGCCAGCAAGGAGGUCAUCCUGUCCGCUGGCGCCAUAGCCAGUCCGCAGCUCCUGAUGCUGUCCGGCGUGGGUCCGCGCGCACAUCUCGAAGAGCACAACAUACCGGUGCUGCGGGAUCUGCCCGUCGGCUACAAUCUGCAGGACCACAUUACACUCAAUGGCUUGGUAUUUAUGGUUAAUGAUUCCACGGUCAACGAUGCCCGUCUUCUUAAUCCCACGGAUAUCUUUCGCUACAUCUUUGCGGGCCAGGGACCAUAUACCAUUCCCGGCGGUGCUGAGGCAUUUGCCUUUGUGCGCACGCCCAGCUCCAGUUUCGCUAAGGACUAUGCAGAUAUGGAGCUUGUCCUAGGCGCUGGCUCCCUGAGCGGUGAUCGCUUUGGCACUCUACGCGAUUUGCUGGGCAUUACGGAUGAGUUCUAUGAGAAAAUGUUUGGCGACUUGCAGCACAAGGAAACGUUCGGUCUGGUGCCGGUGCUGCUGCGACCCAAGAGUAGUGGACGUAUCUCACUGCGCAGUCGCAAUCCUUUCCACUGGCCACGCAUGGAGCCCAACUUUAUGCAACAUCCGGACGAUGUGCGCGCUAUGAUCGAGGGCAUUGAAAUGAUUCUGCAGCUGGCACGCACAAAGUCCAUGCAGAGGAUGGGCACACGUUUCCAUGCGCGUCCCUUUCCAGGCUGUGAGCACUUGAUCUUUGCAAGCCACGACUAUUGGCGCUGUUGUUUGCGUCUCUACGGUUCCAGCUUGCAACAUCAGUCGGGCACCUGCAAGAUGGGGCCCUCCACGGAUGCUACGGCUGUGGUAGAUCCGGAGCUUAGAGUUCAUGGCAUUCGUCAUUUGCGUGUGGCAGAUGCAUCUAUUAUGCCCCAUGUGCCGGCUGGUCAUACGAAUGCAAUUGUCAUUAUGAUUGCCGAGAAAGCGGCGGAUAUGAUCAAGAAUGCGUGGCGCAUGCGAAUCACGCCACUUAAUGGUUAG